CAUAAUCUCAUCUCGCGAGAUGAGAUUUAGCCCUCCCUCACCAAAAAAAAUGGAGGUCGGUGGAAACGGCGGUGGGCUAGCUGUAAACAACAAACAGAGAGCGAUGGUGCCGAACAAGAGCCGAGGGGAAUUCACUCGCAACCAGAGGAAGGAUUCAGAGGGCCUUUCUGAGUCUCCAGACCUUGAGUUUGAAUAUGCGGACACGGACAAGUGGGCUGCAGAACUGUCGGAGCUCUACAGUUACACUGAAGGACCAGAGUUUCCCCUCAACAGGAAAUGCUUUGAGGAGGAAUUCAGACCACAUGUGUCUGAUAAGAAGUGGACCGAGCUUGAUGCGCCUCGCCACAGGGCUCACGCCAUGCGGCUGCUGGACGGUUUGGAGGUGACCGCACGUGACAAGAGACUGAAGGUGGCUCGAGCCAUUCUCUACAUGGUUCAGGGGACGUUUGGCGAGUGCAGCUCUGAGGCUGAAGUGCAGCACUGGAUGAGAUACAACACCUUCCUGCUGCUGGAAGUUGGGACCUUUUCGGCUCUGGUGGAACUGCUCAAUAUGGAAAUCGACAACAGCGCCGCGUGCAGCAGCGCGGUUCGAAAACCAGCCAUCUCCCUCGCCGACAGCACAGAUCUCAGGGUGCUGAUCAACAUCAUGUACCUGAUGGUGGAAACCAUCCAGCAAGAGGACCCCGCCGACUUGCCUGAAUGGAGAGUCAUCAGAGAAACCUUCAGAGUGGAACUGGGUUCCCCGCUCUUCAACAACGAGCCCAUCGCGGUUAUGCUCUUCGGGAUGGUGACAAAGUUCUGCAGUGGCCACGCACCCCACUUCCCAAUGAAGAAGGUGUUGCUGCUUCUGUGGAAGAGCAUACUGUUCACACUCGGAGGCUUCGAGCAGCUGCUGAGCAUAAAGGUCCACAAACGUGAGAACCUGGGUCUUCCACCUCUGCCGGAGGACAGUAUUCGGGUCGUGCGCAGCAUGAGAGCCGCUUCCCCGCCUGCGUCGGCGUCUGACCUCAUCGAGCAGCAGCAAAAACGUGCACGGCGUGAACACAAAGCGCUGAUCAAGCAGGACAACCUGGACGCCUUCAAUGAAAAAGACCCUUACAAGGCAGACGACCCCCGCGAGGAUGAGGAGGAUAACGACGACAACGACAACUCAAUCGAGGCAGAGACUUUCCCGCUGGAAAGAGACGAGGUCAUGCCUCCGCCUAUUCCUCACCCUCCAUCGGAGAGGGUGUCCUUUCCCAAGGGGCUUCCGUGGGCCCCGAAAGUCAGGGAAAAGGACAUAGAAAACUUCCUGGAGUCGAGCAGAAGUAAAUUUAUUGGCUACACACUUGGAAGUGACACGGACACAGUUGUUGGCUUGCCCAGGCCCAUUCACGAGAGCAUUAAGACACUAAAGCAGCAUAAAUACGUCUCCAUAGCUGAGAUUCAGAUCACAAAGGAGGAAGAGUUUCAGAAAACUCCUCUGUCAGGGGGUGAAGAAGAAGUGGAGGUGUGUGCCACCGAGUUGCUCUAUCAGGGAAUCCUGCCCACGUUACCUCAGUACAUGAUCGCCCUGUUGAAGAUUCUCCUUGCGGCGGCUCCCACCUCCAAAGCCAAGACGGAUUCCAUCAACAUCUUGGCGGACGUGCUGCCGGAGGAGAUGCCGACCACGGUGUUGCAAAGCAUGAAACUGGGUGUUGAUGUCAAUCGACACAAGGAGAUCAUUGUGAAGGCCAUCUCUGCCAUCCUGCUGCUGCUCCUCAAACACUUCAAACUCAACCACAUCUACCAGUUUGAGUACAUGGCUCAACACCUGGUGUUUGCCAACUGCAUCCCCCUCAUUUUGAAGUUCUUCAACCAGAACAUCAUGUCUUACAUCACAGCCAAGAACAGCAUCUCCGUGCUGGACUUCCCGUACUGCGUGGUGCACGAGCUCCCUGAAUUAACGGCGGAGAGUUUGGAAGCCGGAGACAACAAUCAGUUUUGCUGGAGGAACCUGUUCUCUUGCAUCAACCUGCUGAGGAUCCUCAAUAAACUGACCAAGUGGAAGCAUUCCAGGACGAUGAUGCUGGUGGUGUUUAAGUCUGCUCCCAUCCUGAAGAGGGCGCUGAAGGUCAAGCAGGCCAUGAUGCAGCUCUACGUCCUCAAGCUGCUUAAAGUGCAGACCAAAUAUCUUGGCCGCCAGUGGAGGAAGAGCAACAUGAAGACCAUGUCGGCCAUCUACCAGAAGGUGCGACACCGGCUUAACGACGACUGGGCCUACGGAAACGAUCUGGACGCCCGUCCCUGGGACUUUCAGGCCGAGGAGUGUGCGCUGCGGGCCAACAUCGAGCGCUUCAACAGUCGCCGCUAUGACAAGACUCACAACAACCCGGACUUCCUGCCCGUGGACAACUGUCUGCAAAGUGUCCUGGGCCAGCGUGUGGAGCUGCCCGAAGACUUCCAAAUGAACUACGACCUCUGGCUGGAACGAGAGGUCUUCUCCAAACCCAUUUCGUGGGAGGAACUGCUACAGUGAGACUUUCAGACGACUUUUUAUUGACGACCAGAUUCCUUGAACGUGGCAUUCAGGUAACCCAGCACACUCGGUGAUCACACGCUUCCGCACCGGGGGAGGAUUAGCAAACAAAUUCCUUGAUUCGACCUUGAGGGUUCUAGUAAUGUCGUAAUUCUGACUUGUUUCCAAGAUGAUUUCCGUUUAACAUGCCACCACGCCGUUGCAAGUGUACUAUAGUCACAUACACGCCCCCAUUUUAAAUACAUGUGCUUAGAAUAAAUACGAGUUUUAACUGUUCAACUCAUGCCGGGGAGUGUGGGUCGGUUUUAGGUGUUUUACAGCAUUUAAGAUGUUUUAAUAAAUGACACAUUCCACAUUCGUCAUAGGAGCUUUGUAAAAAAAAAAAUAAUAAUUUCCAUAUUUGCAAAUCCAAUAAGUUGCAGAUGUAUGUUUACAUAUGCUUAGAAUUUUACUUGCUUUGUUUGUUUGCCCACAGAUGCAAAUAACUCCUAAUGAAAUCUAAAUGUGUUUGGUUCUGUAAAUGAAAAAUGGGUUUAUGCAUUAAUUUUAAACUCCUGGUCCAUAAUUAUUUUUUCCUUUUUUUCUACAUGUGUUUUUUUUUUGUUUAUUUGUAAUUAUUUCAAAUGUGGGGAAAGUGGAAUAUUGCUUGUAAGUGGCACAACAUAUUCAUAAUCAGGAUUUAUUUUAUCUUGAUUGACACAUUUGAAAAUCAUAUACGGUCGAUUCUACAGCAUUUUUUCUUACUAUUAAUCAACCAAUAAAUAUUUGAAUAUUGUAUAUUUUUUUUUCCAAGUUGCAAGUUUUGUUUUUUGCGCGGUUUGUACAUGUGGUGCAGUACUGACUUACUCCACCGGGGGGAGCCAUUUGUCCACCAAGCUUGGCUGGUUGCUUCAAGGUCUCACCAGUAUUGAAGAAUUAAUACAUCUGAGCAACACUUUCACCAACUUGGGACUUUUUUGUUUACAAUGGCAGCCAUAUUUGCCAUAUAUUUUUCUUUUUGGAUGUAAGAACUGUAAAAUGGGAGGAUUGUUUAGUUUUCAGGGAGCUUAAAACCGACCUCAUCGUCACUCUUUCUUCAGUAUUUUUUCCACUUUUGUUGAUAGCGGUUAAUUUGUUCCACACUCACCGUGAUAAAUGAAUUUCUGCGAUAUGGGAUCCAAUUUUUAGAAACGGAAAAUUUUCAUUUGAAUGUAUUUCUUCUUUUUUCAGUUUCGACAUUUCCAUUCAAAAAAAUUGGAGCUUGAAAAUAGAGAGAAAAAUUAUUAAUAUCAAUAAUCAAACAUUUAUGUGAGUAUAUUCACUGAUCUCAUAGUGCAUAGUGUAACAUCACCAGGAUCAGAAUUUGACUCAUCAAAAUGUCUCAUCCACUACUGAUACUCUUCCUCAUGUCUCAAGCAAACCCAGCCAUCAUCAACACCAUUGCUGCCUCCCUCCACUGCUAUUAUUACCACUAGUAUCCCAUAAAUAGAAAUAUAGUAUCUAUCUGUGAAUAUUCUCAUUCA